UAGCUACCUUCACACUUGUUCUUCACACAAGUUCGGUAUCGGCAUGGCUGCGGCUACCACAAUGUCUAAUGGUCAGGAAACAGCCUCCCUGAACGGUGAACCCGCGCUCAAGCGGUCCAGGGAAAGCGGUGGUCUCGACUCUCUGCGGAUUCCGCGGGAGCCUCAGAAUAAAGUGACUGUAGUGCUGGGAGCUCAAUGGGGAGAUGAAGGCAAGGGGAAAGUGGUCGAUCUCUUAGCUAUGGACGCCGACAUUGUAUGCAGAUGCCAGGGAGGAAAUAACGCGGGACAUACAGUGGUGGUGGACUCAGUGGAGUAUGACUUUCACCUGCUGCCUAGUGGCAUUCUCAACAAAAAGGCUGUUUCUUUUAUUGGUAAUGGUGUCGUGAUACACCUGCCAGGGCUUUUUGAUGAAGCAGAGAAGAACUCGCAGAAAGGCAAUGGACUUCAAAAUUGGGAGGAGCGGCUGAAGAUAUCUGACAGGGCACAUCUUGUGUUCAACUUUCAUCAGGCUGUUGAUGGGAUACAAGAACAGCUAAGACAGCAGCAGGCAGGAAAAAACUUGGGCACCACUAAGAAAGGCAUUGGACCUGCAUAUUCCUCCAAAGCUGCACGUAAUGGACUCAGAGUGUGUGACCUGGUCUCGGACUUUUCAGUGUUUGAGGAAAAGUUUCGGGUGCUUGCUGGUCAUUUUCAGACCAUGUAUCCCAAUCUUAAUAUUGAUGUUGAUGCUGAGCUCGAGCAGCUGAAGGUUUACGCCGAACGAUUGCGGCCUUUAGUAACCGACGGAGUAUAUUUCAUGCACAAAUCCCUCACUGGACCUAGCAAGAAGAUUCUGGUGGAAGGAGCCAAUGCUGCUUUACUGGAUAUUGAUUUUGGGACGUACCCCUUCGUGACAUCAUCAAACUGCACUGUCGGAGGUGUUUGCACUGGUCUUGGUGUCCCCCCGUCUCAUGUUGGCCGUGUGUAUGGAGUGGUGAAAGCCUAUACCACCAGAGUGGGGGUGGGAGCUUUCCCUACUGAGCAGGAUAAUGAAACCGGUGAUCUGCUACAAAGCAGAGGGAGGGAAUUCGGUGUCACAACAGGCAGGCGGCGUCGCUGUGGGUGGUUGGACCUGGUUUUGGUUCGCUAUGCCCACAUGGUUAACGGGUUUACAGCCAUUGCUCUGACCAAGUUGGACAUUCUUGAUACGUUGCCAGAAAUUAAGGUUGGAAUCGCCUACACUGUAGAUGAAAAGCCUCUUCCCAGUUUUCCUGCAAACAUGGAUGUCCUGACUAAGGUUCAAGUGACCUAUGAAACGCUGCCCGGUUGGUGUUGUAGCACAGAGGGAGUACGCUGUUUUGAUGAACUGCCUUCUCAGGCACAGGCGUACAUUCGCUUCAUUGAGAAUGUCCUACAGGUGCCAGUGAAAUGGGUGGGAGUUGGCAAGUCCAGAGAAAGCAUGAUAAAGCUCUUCUAAUGGGAAAAAAACACAAGAAGCCAAACUUAAUUUGACGGUCUGCCAGGACAUGUGACAUCAUGACUGUUGGGGGACCAAAAUCUUUUUAUAUGCAUCUGUGCUGAAAUUAAGACUAAUCGUGGGUUUUGAAUCAACUGAAUGUACACCAGCAAUGUUUCUAGUAGUCGGGUUUGAACAAACCUGACCUGCUCCCCAGCAAUUGGUAUUCCUUGACUUAUCCCGAGUCGUUUCAAAGCGCUCCCCACAUCUGCUCAGAAAAACCUAUUAAUCACGAAUAAAAGGCAGAGGUAGACCUUUGUCUGUAAUGCCAUCUUUUUAUAAAAUCUCUUUAAAUGGAACAUGGCGCCUUUCACAUUAUGAGCAUUUGAAAAAUAACUAUAUGCAUUGCUAAUAGGUGGAUAAAACCAAACUGAUUUUUAAGGUGUUGUGUAAUGUGCUAUUUUAUGUAAUCUAAUGUGUGAGGUGAGGGCAAGGUCUUUGUUUUGUCUUUUUAAUUUUAUGUUUAUGAAUACUUACAGACUGAUUUGCUGUAGUUUGAAGUACCAAAAGGGACCUUCAUGCAAAGCUUUGUGAUUCUGGGUUAAAAAAAGGCAUUGUUAAACUUAUGUCAGCUAUAGCGCACUUAGACAGUGCUUGGAUCUUAUGGUAGACCGCUGUACGUGCACAGAUGUACAGUGCAUUCCACCUUUGUUCAAAUAUUUGCUGCUGUUUUUCAACAAUAAAGUGCAAAUAUUUGCAACGUGAUGCGCUUUAUUCUAAAGUUUUGAGAAGUGCUAUAUUUGAAACCGUUUAUGUCUCCACAUUAAAUAUAUUAAUAUGGCGAAUUAAAGAUUCAUGUUUUGUAAGAAAGUCAAAUUGUGCAACAUCAUGGUCAUGACUGUUGUAUGAGUAACAAUCAUAUGGCAAGUUGCAAAAUUUAAAUCGGUGAUUCUUUCAGACAAUGCAGCAGUUAUACAUUAUCAUGCGUACUUUUAUGUGUGCAUUAUGCUGGAUAUUUGAUAGAUGCUAAGGUAUUCAUUUGCAUUAGCCAAAAAAGCAAAACCUGUUUUGUCACGUGACACGGAUAAAUUAAUUGUAUCAGAUCAGCGUUGUCUGUAUUAAAGUUUACCUGUUUAAAUCCC